UGCCCCCAGAUCAGCUGAUCCUCAGUGGUGAUGGCAGAUGAAAACAUGGUCAACAGCGCGGUUGAGCCUCACCACGACGAGGAAAUCGCAAUUGACGAGGAUAAUGGGGAGAAUUACAACGAAGAAGAAUUUCAGUCGCUGAACGCGCAAUUAGAUCAACUAAACUCAGCGUUAGACACGAUCGAAAUGAAAACCGACGAUGUUCAUGCUGAAUUAGUGGAAUUAUUAAAAUCCAACAAGGAAACGAGAAAGCAAUUUCAGGAGAGUGUGAAUGAGGGAAAAACAACGACGAAGCCCCCAGACUCCCAGCAAUAAUGUAAAAAAACAAAAAUAUUUUCCAUUCCCUUGACCGUAUUCAACUGUAUUUUCAACGAAUUCAGACAUCAAAUUGAAACAGAAUUGGAAUUUAGUUGAAGAAAUUCGCGUUUAUGAUUUUAUGGAGUCGAUUCCUCAUGUACAGUGCUUAGAAUUAAGAUUUGAAAAUAUUUAAAACGAUAAUUAUGGUAAUUAUGAUGAAGUAUUUUAUUGUCAGUGCUUAAUGCAAGUGCAAUAAAACUAUGAUCACCAGGAA